AUGAACAAUCAAGCUCACGAGCUGAAGAUUCUUAUGCUGCACGGCUACGCGCAGUCCGGCCCUCUGUUCCGUGCUAAGACAGGCGCCCUAUCCAAGUUAAUAGCCAAAGGUCUACCAGGCAUCAACGCAACACGCGUCUACCCGACAGGUCCGCACCGGCUACAGCCCUCAGACAUCCCAGGUUUCCAGCCGCAUGCCGACGCAGGUGAACAUUUGGCCGAGCAGCUUGAUGCAUAUGGCUGGUUUCUCCAUGACGAGGAGUUGGGAGCUUAUCGUGGGUUCGAGGAGGGUAUGCUCUCUAUUGCCGAUGCGAUUGAAGAAGCUGGCGGCGUCGAUGGUGUGAUAGGUUUCAGUCAAGGCGCCGCGGUGGGCGCUCUGGUUGCCUCGGCAUUGGAGCGCAGCCGUGAUGUGCGCGAGGGUGAAGGACAUAAGAUGUGGGUGGAGCGUUUGCGAAAAGCGAAUAGUGAGCAACCCUUGAGGUUCUGCGUCUUGUACUCGGGGUUCGUUGCACGGCCGGGGGCUCAACUAGAAUGGUUAUAUGAGGGCGGUAUCAUGACACGGACAUGCCACUUUUUCGGCAGCAUGGAUAUGGUAGUUGCCGAGUCACGGUGUAAGGACUUGGUGGAGAAGUGUGUGGAGCCUGAGGUCAUCGUGCACCCCGGUGGCCAUCACGUUCCGGUAAGAAAAGAGUGGGUGGCUCCGUUACUCGAUUUUUUGAAGAGAGUGCUGGAGAGCGCUGGAUAG